UUAAAAGCAAAAGUCAAAACGCGCUUUACUGCAUUGAGUUGUUGACGGUUCAUAACAAGUUUUUUUCCUGGAAAUCGCAAAUAAUUUAGACUGUCUUUAAAGUGCAGUUCAUUUUAAUAUUGGGGAAUAGUGUACGAUAAUUGACAUAAUGGAGAAGCCAGCCGUAACGGAACAACCACCUCCUUACUCUGCGUCUGUUCCACCAGGUCAGCCAAGUGGGCCAUACCCUCAACCGUCGCCGCAGCCUGCAUUCCAAAGUCCUUAUCCACCACCACCACCUGGAUACACACCAUACAAUGCUCCAUCUAACCAGCCAUACCUACCAAACUAUGGAGCAACAAACAUUAUCAUACCACCUGCUAUCAUAGCUGUUGGAGCCUGUCCCGCUUGCCGAGUUGGAAUCUUAGAAGACGACUUCACUUGCCUUGGUAUACUCUGUGCAAUUUUGUUUUUCCCUCUUGGAAUUUUGUGCUGCCUUGCACUUAAGAAUAGAAGAUGUUCCAACUGUGGGGCCAUGUUUGGGUAGAAUGAUAGUAGCAUGUAUACUGCAUUAGAAAGGAAGAUUAUAUUGGUGAAACAAAUCAAAUGUUACAAUCCUUGUACAUUUGUGGAAUAAAAAGGUCAUGUCAUUGCAUGAACAAAUUACGUCCAUUUAAAACAAGACUAUAUGUUGAAUUUUUAGCAUAUCUGUAAUUUUGAGAUUGUUUAGAGAAAUAUUCUGUUUUCUAAAACAGUAAUUUAAUAAGUAACAAAUAUGGAAAAAAAACUGUUUGUUUGUCCAGUUAACUGCAGUAAAUUUGAAAUCGGGUUAUUUAAGAACUUUAUAAAAUCUUAUAUUUCAUAAUAAGAAACUUUUUAGUAGAAUUUGAGUGCAUAAUAUUUGACGUAACAAGUGCCUGUAUAACUA